AUGGCAGCAGCACAAAGCAGUGAAAGCACCUCCCCGAACACCGACACAGCCUCCUCGCCGCCGACAUCAGCAAGCAGUCCCUCUUCCUCCGCCUCCCCAACCCACGGCACCCAAACCAGAGUCUCCACCACCGGAGGCGGCCUCCCUCCCCUCCCAACCGGCACCUCCCCGCCCGACGUGCUCCUCCGCGUGCCGGAGCUGCACGUAGGCCGAAUCGAGCUGGACGUAGACGAUCUCCGCGCUGACCUCAACCUCAACGCCGAGAUCGCGAGCCUCGUCUCCCUCAACGUGGGUGUGCAGGUCGGCAUCCAAAAAGUCAACAUCACCAUCGCCGACGUCGACGCCAAGCUCGACCUGGUGGUACGCCUGGGCAACCUGGCCAAGAUGGUCAACCGCACGUUGACCUCGCUUGACCUCAAUCCGCUGCUGAUUAACGUUUUGAAUGAGGUGGGCGAUGUGGUGGAUGCUGUGGUCGGGGUCGUGGAUGGGCUGUUGGGGAGUAUCGUGCGGGGGGAUACCAAGUUGAAUUUCUUGAUUGAUAAUCUGGGGAAUAUUGUACAGGAGGUGGUGGAGGGCGCUGGAGAGACCGUGAGCACCAUUGUGGGGAACUACGAGAAGAAUAUGACUUACACGGGCGUCUCGAAGCAGCUGGGGAAUGGGCUGACGCAGAAGACGUAUCGGUAUGACCCGCUGGGGAGUCUGGUGAACAUCAUCUUCAAUACGCUGGGCCAAGUGGUGCAGGCGGUCGUGGUGGGGAAGGACAAUUCGGGAGGAGGAGGUGGUGGGAGUACUAGUAGUACUACCUCUGUGGUGUCGACUGCUACGUCGAGUGAUUCGGCAACCGCGGGUACUUGGGCACCGACGGGGACAACAACGGCUGCGUAA